GUAGUAUUAAUAAUAAGCCCACUCUGGCCACUCUAAAUUGUGAUGAGGGAAGCAAAACAUUAUUAUUUUUGUCGUUUUUGUUUUUUAAUUAUAUAGACGAGCACCGAUCAGUGUCUAAAAUAAUAUGUGAAUGAGGAAAAGUGGCACGCUCUCCUAGCAGACUGUAAGUGCACGGGUAACGAAAUCGCCGAGUUGUGCAAAGCAAAUCAAAGCAGACGGCGAGAGUGUGAAAAGGCAGCGAAAAGGGAAUAGAGAAAAAAAAAUAUAGCGUAGUUUUCUCCGUCAGUUCGUGGGCGUGUGUGUUUUAGCUUAAGUGUGUGCGAGUGCCUGUGUGUUUAAUAUUAUUUAAACAAAAGCAAGUAACAACCAUGCAGCAACAGCACCAGCAGCAGCAACAACAGCGCCAGGGUAACCUUGCUGCCUACAACAACAAAAUGAACGUCUUGCCCAAUUACACGCUCAGCGGAAUGAGCUCCUUUGAUGCCGAGUCGCUGCCAGAUUACUCAGAAUUUGAUUCCGAAUCGGUAACUCUGGACUAUUACAAGGAAAGUGUUCGACGUCCACCAGCGGAGAAAAUGGCGCCUACAACGACGAUUGAGACCAUCACAAUCACGCGGCCACUGAAGGUGAUUGCAUUUAUCUGCGGCGUCAUUGUGGUGGUGCUCAUGAUCAUGGCCCUGGCAUCUACAGAUUGGCUAAUGGCCUCCGACUGGCGGCAAGGCCUCUUUGUGCACUGUAUCGACGAUGAUUCGGUGACGCCGUUGCCGUUCAACGUUCAGGAUCCGCCAGGAUGCUACUGGACCCGCGAUAUAGGAUACAUCAAGGCCACAGCAGCACUCUGCAUUAUCACCCUAAUAACGGACGUCAUAGCCACUGUACUGACUGGUCUUGGCCUUAGGACGCAGAACCAUAAUCUAAAGUAUAAGUUCUAUCGCAUAGCCGUAUUGGUGAUGCUUGUAUCCUUGCUAGCCGUGCUCUCCGCUUUAAUCGUGUAUCCCGUAUGCUUUGCCGGCGAGCUAACUAUGGCCAAUCGGCGAGUCUGGGAGUUCGGCUGGGCGUAUGGAGUCGGCUGGGGAGCGGCCAUCUUUCUAUUCGGAGCCGUGGUCCUGCUGCUCUGCGACAAGGAAUCGGAGGAGAUCUACUAUAAGGAGAGGAAAAUCGUACAUGAAAACCAAAUGCGCGCCUAGGCAAGGCCGCACGACCUGCCUGACGUCGUUCUGUAGACAUAAGUAUAUAGCAGCCAACCAACACACACAGACAGACACAUAGAUUUCGAUUCAAAUCAGACUCUGGAACAGAAUUUCCAAUUUGCAAUUUGCAGCUAAACAAUGAGAUUAUGUUAGAAUUAUGAUUGUGUAAAUCACGAGCAUUUCAGACCAAAAAUCCUUAUCCAUCAGACAGCCCAACCACUCCGCCCACCAACUCAUAGCACUCGGCAUUUGUUUAGAUGAGGUUAACCCCAAUGAGUUUAUUAUGUAUCGUUUCGAAAGGUAAUCGUAGACAACCCACAAACCCGACCCACAUCUAUCAUGUAAGCAGGCAGACACACGUACGUCUGGAAAUUGAAAAUUGUGAAAGCUAAUCGCAUUAACCACGCCCGCAUAUAGCCCAAUGAGUUCCACAUUUUAGCCAACUGUUGGGGCUUUCUCCUUGCGCGAAGUUGAAAUUAGAUCUUACAGUAAUGUAACGUACUCUCACUCUGAGCUAUAUAUUCAUAGACAUUGUACUCAUCAUGUAAUAUCCAACAUAACGAAGAAUCCCACUAGGCCGGAUCCAAAUUAGAGGACCAGGUAUCACUGGUCAAUCCUUAGCUAUGGUUAGUUAAGCCAUGGUGUCAUCACUGUCAUCGUUUCAUGCCGAUUACGCUUUCCAACUAUUUAGUUUGUGCUCGGUGUUUCGAAUAUUGUACAUUUGGUAUGUGUUUGUCCCAGUGUAUGUGCGACAUGACUCGAAUAUGUGCUGCUUUUUAACCCCUUUAACUUUUGUAAAAUAGUUUAAUGUACUAGUACUCGAAUGUCCCCGAGCCGAUCACAUAUUUUUUAAGUCAAUUAGUAAGUGUAUGUUUUUGGUUGAUUUUUUUUGCUAACCUUAUAUUUUGUGAGCACUUAUGAUUUAAUAAUUUAUUGAUAUUCGGUUUUUUACCACACUCGAAAACAUAUCAUAUGCAAAUGACAACAAUAAAUCGUUUUUUGACACCUUUUGUUAACAUUUUGAAUACCUUAUUUUAUUUUGGAACCUGUGACAUUAUUUUAGAUUUACUUUCAAAAUUUUCGGAGCCUACAAAACCAGCAUAAGGUGUGAGUAUUGGCGAUUCGCAACGACUAUAAUUAAUCCAUCCGUUUCUGUAAUCGAAAGUCACUUUUAAAGUUUAGUAAAUAAUCGUGUUUCGUCCAUUAUAUCUCACAAUCAGAUCAUCUUGUCGCCUUAUUUGCAUUUUGUGUUUCGUUUGCCUCUGUUAUUUACAAGAACACUUCAUUUACAAGCCGAUUAAUGAUGUGAAGCAAAUGCAACCAAAAUUAAAAGCGACCUAAAUUACAAACAAUACAAAGGGAAUAUAUAUGUAUGUGCUUGAACAUCUCUAUAUAUGCAUAUAUUGAUAUAUAUAUGAACACAUUGAACAAAUCGUAGGCAGGAACGUGCGGUGAAAAAAGAAUAUGACGAAACUAAAACAAUUAUAGCGAGUAUAAAGAGAGAACAAUUAUACCAAACCAAUUGAAUUAAUUAUACUAUGCUUACAUACACGCAUGUUUAUAAAUAGUUGUAUCUAAGUUUAAAGUAUGUAACGUUUAUUAAAGAGCAAAUGAACAACCAACAUAUACAUAUAAUAAAAACUAACGAAACAAUUAUA